CCCUUUUUUACCAUCCAACCUCACCCUCCUCUCUCGACUUUCCCCCGACAGGAUCGUCCCUCCUCGCUACCGUGCACAUCCCGAUUGACGAUCGACAUCCGCUUCGGCUUCAAUCUCUAUUCGUCCAGAACUCUCCCCGAUCGAGCCACCACCACUGCGCCCUUCGCGUCUUCCCGUCGCAGCUCUAAAGAGACGGAUCGAUCUACGAUCUCCCAUCGCCUAACCGAUCGCGUGCUCAAUCGACUCUACCGAUUGGUCUAGCGAGGCGACACGGCAUCCGAACCCGCCAAGUUCACGUCUGAACAAAUCCUGCCCUCUUCGAGUCUUCAAGACGCAUAUCGACCCUCUUCGCCCCGUCCCGUUCGAGACUCCGGUUCGAGAUCGCAGCUACACCACCACCACCACCACCACCACCACCACCACCACCACACCCUCAGCGCCGCCCGUAUUCAUGGUCUCGCAGCCCGACCCGUCGACUCUCACCCACCGCGGCCCCUCCUCCGUCGUAUCGGCGCGCUACUCCUCCCUCUCGUCCCGCCCCCACACCUCGUUGCGCAGCAAGCGGUACAACCGCUCCCACGCGGGCGGGGGCUCGUACGUGCCCCAGAACGAGUUCCCCAUCUUUAGCCACUCUGGCGAUGUCGAGAUCGUCAUCCGCGCCGGCGGCCGUGAGAACCGCUACCUGCUGCAUCGCCACACCCUGACGCGAUGUUCUGGCUUCUUCGAGGCCAGCACCAGCCGCCAGUGGUCCAAGGCCAGCUUUAUCCCCGCGUCGCAGCCGCUCCCGCCGUUGCCACCGCCCUCGCCGCCCGAGGUCUCCUCGAGGGAGCUCGCGAGGAUAGGCGAGGGGUACUACGCCAACGCCAACAACAACAGCAAUACCGGUAGCGAGGACGACGCUAGUGAGCUCGCGGCUAGGCACGGUGCGGACUCCCCCGUGCCACGCAGGCGCUGGCGCUACGAAUUAGACCCCGGCGACGGCCGGGAUGACAUACCGAUGCUCGUGCAGAAGGACGCCAGCGAGUCCAUGCAACACAGCUCUUCUACCUCCUCCAUAUUCGGCGGCGGGGGCCCCGCCUCCCACACGACCGCCGCGCGCAGGACCGGCGGUGGACAUUCGCACUCGCACUCAACAGGGUCGUUCUUCCGGUCUGUCGCGAACUUAUCCCUCGCGCCGGCCAAGUCGGAGCCGCCGCCGCCGCCGCCGCCCCUGUCGCAAGAGGACGCGGACCUGCUGCGGGACUACGACAACCUGUUCCGCAUCUUCUACAACUACCCACCCGUGCUGGACGGAGUCAACAUCGCGGACGCCUACGUGCAAUGCAAAUCGCUCCUGACGCUGGCGGACCAGUACGACGCGCUCGCGGUGGUCGGGCCGCGGGUCGACCACCACCUGCUGCAGUUCCGCGGGCGGCUGUGGCGGCAGGUGGCCAAGUACCCGGUCAGCUACCUGCGGCUGGGCUUCCUCAGCCGCAGCAAGGUCAUCUUCCAGGAGGCGCUGAUCCACGUCGUCGGGCAGUGGCCCGCGGGCGAGCGCAGCAUCCGCCAGUCGCUGCCGGUCUCCGUACUCGACCUCAUCGAGGACAAGGUCGACGAGCUCGCCGAGGCGGUCGCGCGCGCCGAGGCCCGCCUCUUCCGCCUCAGCCUCGCCGACGCGCGGGGCGCCCGCGUCACGCCGGCCUCCUCGUACCUCGACUGGCUCGCCGUCUCGUUCUUCCGCCAAUGGCUCGUCGACAACACCUCACCUCCACCACCAUCGCCGCCGCCGCCGCUAGCCCCGUCGCAGUCGCAUCAUUUGUCGUCACGGAGGCACUCGUCCUCGCGUGCCGGCAACAACAACAGUAGCGGUAGCAACGACGACGACGUGUCGUCGACCUCGUUCGCGGCGCGCGCGAGCACGGCGAUCAUGGUGGCAUCGACGACGGCGGCGCCGAACCUGGCGAGCCUGGGACGGACGUAUCGGAUCCUGGGGAGCGGCAGCGGGGGCGGCGGCUACCUGGGCCACGACGAGUGCAAGCGGUUCCUCAAGCUGACGCCGGAGCUGUACUCGCGGGAGAACCUGCGGCGGUUCGAGAAGCGGAUCGACGAGCUCAAGGGCGCGGCGCGGGAGAUCGUGCGGCCGCUGAUGGGCAGCGGGCUCGAGCUCGAGACGGAGCGGUGCGGGCCAGCGAGCGCGGGAGCGGUCACGACGACGGCGGCGGGGCGAGGGGUGGCGGCAGGAGGAGGAGGAGGAGCGAUGACGAGCUAUUUGACGUGCGUCAGGGUGCUGGAGCGGGAUCUGCCGUGGGAAGUUGAGGAUUAAGAAGGAUGGGAAGAUGGAAGGGAGGAGGCGGGGAGUGAAAGGACAGGAGGAAGACAGGGAGGAAGAGAGACAACAACAUGAGAUCUUACGGGACACGAGAUGAGAUGAGAUGUGAUGUGACGAAAUAAGUAAGGAACGAGCAGCGAAAUGAGACAGAUGGGAUGGGAUGGAAUGGACAUGUAUGUACGGGUUGCUUCUCUUCUUUUUUUUAAUUUUUUUUCUUCCCCUUCCU